CGUGGACAUCAACAACGAGACAAUCGCUGAUAACUACGAAGCAUUCGUGUGGGAACCCGCACUGGUCAAGACCAACGCAAUUGCAGCUGCAACGGAGGCAGCCUGUCUGAUUUUAUCUGUUGAUGAAACUGUCAAGAACGCACAGAGCGAACAGCCUCAAGCAGGCAUGCCUCGCGGUGGAGGACCUGGCAUGGGCCGUGGACGGGGUAUGCCCAGACGUUAAAGCGAAAAAUACAAAAAGAAAAACCCAAAGUCUCCCAACAGAAAACAAUACAAAAGUAUACACCAACCAAAUAAAUAAAAAAGAGAAUUGCAUUUGUUUUAUUGCCAUCAAUCGGUGCGGUAUCUUAAACUGCACUUGUCAUUUAAUAUGUGAGCGAGAAGAUAGCAAGGCCAUUUCAUCCAGCAAAAAUUUAACUCCUUGUAACGACCGCAUUUUACCAGCAUUCUCUCCACCAUCACCUCCACCACCACCGACACUUAUGGAUUCGGAGGAGUCGUUUUUACACGGACUACCUACCUACACCCCAGCAUGUUUACGCUUGACCAAUGUGCUCAUGGAGCGCAUUGUUCGUCUGCUGCCAACACAAGCGGAUCGCUACCAAGCAUGUCUGAUGCACCGCGUUUGGACCACCGCUGCCAUCAACAUCCUUUGGGAAUGGCCGCUUUUUGCGGGCGAGGGCGCCAUUCGCUCGUUCAUCAACACAAUUCGUGUACACAAGCGUUUGGCUUUGGCUGUUCGUCACUUGAAUCUCUGUCUAGAUAUCGUGCCUGUCAACGACCAAGACGACGACGGCGACGCGUUUACACGAUCGAUGCGCAUAACACUGCACCGACAUGAAGCCUCUCGAGACAGUCCGCUCGCUGCGCCCUCGGUCAUCACGACGGUCCUACAACAAUGUGAGCGUAUCGAGACGCUGACAGUAUAUGGCUGGCAGCUUGAUGCGUCUCACUUGCGUUUGAUUGCAUCCUAUAUCCCACAGCUUCAAGCGUUACAAAUUGUCGGAUCGCCGGAAUGCGCAGGAAGCAACAUCAACAGCAGCAGCAGCAGCAACGCUAUUAUUCUACCUCCGAUUGCUUUCUCGCUUAAAAAUCUGCACCUGUAUGCAGAUUAUUUAGUAUCGCCAACAAGAUACAUGGAGCUAGAAUCAUUGCGUGUGUCGUUGCGACAUCGAAAUAGUCUCGAUAAAUUGUGUCAUGGCCAUCAACAACCCAUGCCUAAAGUUCGCGAGGUGAUGCUGGCAAAUGCUGGGAAACUUCACCCUCAAAAUAUCGACGCGCUUUUCCGCGUAUUCCCACAGCUUUUACGAUUCGCAAUCGAAGAUGUCAAACAUCCAAUCGCGACUUCUCGUAUGGUACAAUCGACUUCGCUGAAACAUCUCAUAAUUCGCGCCACGAUAGAUGAUGAUGAUUAUGAAAGGGACAUGCUACUGCAGCAGCAGCAACAAGAGCAACAGCAACAGCAACAGUCGCCCUUACUUUUGGAGGUCACUGAUGAUAGUAGCGACGACGCUCACCCGCAAAGCCAUCUAUGCAGAAUAUUCAUUGAAAACUGUCGGAUGGAAGACGAGAAUUUUGGACAUAUUACCUUCAACAGCGAUUGUCUGACGCACAUAAAGUUACACAACUGCCCUUCCCUGACUGACGAAUGCAUUAAACGGCUAUGCGACGGUAUGACACCUCUAGAGGAUUUGGAAAUAGUCGACUGUAUUCACAUUGGGAAUCCAACCAUUCGAGCCUUGACCGAAUCGCCCAUCAUAUGCACCCUCAGACGACUUCAAGUCCGGUCCAGCGGUCACCUCCAACCCAUAGACGUGUUCGAGUUCAUCAAUGCCGCAUCUUCCUACGAGCUUGAAUAUGUGGCAAUAACAGGAUACCCAGACAUCAGCAGCUCAUUUCUGGGACGAUACUCAAACGCCGAGGGUGUCGUCUUGGAUAAAGCAAUAAUAUCAGCACUUGUACAACAUUCUAAAGCCCCCAAAGACCGAAUUUUGACUAGCAACCAAGUAGUUAAACUUGCCAGGGCGCUCAACCUGGAUGUGCACCACUUGGAAUAUUUCUUGGAUGAAAUCCAGAACCAUCGUAAUAGCUUGACGAUGACAAUGAUGACACGAAUUUUGUUACUUUAGCAACACAGACUACCGAGAGCAUUGGAGCGAUCGCACAAAACACAACUUUACCACAUACCCUGCCUGUCU